AUGGCUGUCGAUAAUAAGAACAAAGAUGAACAAGUUAAGAAUGAUAAGAAAGAUGGGGCCAAGGUGAAACAAGAUGACAAGAAGGACGGUAAUAAGGGAAAACAAGAUGAUAAGGGUAAAGAUGGUGAUAAAGAUAAGGAUACUGAAGAGAAGCCGAACUGUUUUCUCGAAGUAGUUGUCGGGACUGAUAAACCUCAAAGGAUAGAGAUCAAAUUGUACGAUGAUGUCGCUCCCAAGACUUCUAACAAUUUCCGAGGUUUGUGCACAGGAAAGUCCAUAGCCCUUCAAUCUGACGGUCAGACGCCUGAGGGGAAAGAACUCCCAAAAGGUUUCGGAUAUCAGGGCACCAAGUUCCACCGUAUCAUCCCUGGUUUCAUGGUGCAAGGUGGAGAUUUUGAGAAGCAUGAUGGAACCGGUGGAGUUUCCAUCUACGGCUCCAAAUACUCGGACGAGAAACCCAAGAAGCUUCAUGACAAAGUAGGAUUAUUGUCCAUGGCUAACUCUGCUCCUCAUACCAUGGGAUCGCAAUUUUUCAUCACUACCGUUGAAAAGUGUGAAUGGCUCGAUGGUGAACACGUCGUAUUUGGAGAAGUGGUGAAUGGUAUGGACGUUGUUAAAGCUAUUGAGAAAUGCGGUCAUAGGACUGGUAAACCCACUAAGAAAUGUUUUAUCCAAGCUUGUGGUACUGUCUGA